CACGCACAAAGACGAGCAGCAUACAAAGUAAGACGCUGUAUCAGUGCUCGGCUGGCAUUGCACGGCCACACAAACAAGCCAAGAGCACCUUAGGACAGGGCUGGGCCACAUAUAGGAUGCUCAGAAUAGUACGGCUGCAAAGGCCUGUCGCCCGACAAUUUUCUGCGACUGCACAUCGUCUUCGAGGCGACCCUUCUCCGCCGCCAUCGCCCAAUAGUCCCUUCCGUGUCUUUGUGGACACAUUCAAGCAAGAACUGAAAAAGUCACAAGAGCUGCAAGAUUCAGUGAAAGCGCUACAGGGCGAGGCUGAGAAAGCAGGCGAAUCUGAAGCAUACAAAAAGGCGAGAGAGGCCUUUGAGGCGGCGCAAAAGCGCGGUGCAGGUGCAGCAGGUGUAACUGGCAAGGCCAUCAGAAAGACUGGCCAGGUACUGGGGAGUGGUGUUGCAAAGGCAUGGGACUCUCCCGUUGGACAAGUGACACGCAAAAGUGUAGCAGCGACGGCAGACAUUCUCGACAAGACGACAAAGCCAAUUCGCGAGAGUGAGGCGUACAAGAGCAUCUCCGACACUAUUGACGAUGGCCAGUCAUCACGUUAUGGUGGUUUCUCAACAAAGGAAAGCCGGCAGCGAGCGCGGGAGAAGCAAGCAAAAAUCGAUGCCAUGAAGCCGCGGCAUCGUGCUAUUGAGGAGAAUGAUGAGCAAACUGGCGUGGUGAUCCACAAGGAUUCGCAAUGGAAGGAAAGCUGGAAGGCGUACAAGGAAACCUCAUCCGUCUUUGCGGGUCUCAACCGCUUCAAGACCUCAUACGUCGAGUCAGAGAAUCCGAUUGUCAGCUCAACACGAGAAAUCACAGACCGCGUUGCAGAAAUUUGGGGCAAGUUCACGGCAGAAAACGAGUCUGCGAGAGUGAUUCGGCUGAUGAAGGAGAUUGACCCUGGCUUCCAGGUCGAGCCUUGGCUUAACUCACUGCGAGACUACAUUCUGCCAGAGAUUUGCGAGGCGUACAUCAAGAAUGAUACGGUUACUUUGGCGAAUUGGCUCUCGGAGGCACCCCUGUCGGUACAUACAGCCACAUCCAAGCAAGUCACUGAACAGAAGCUUGUCUCAGACGGCAGGAUUGUCGACUUGCGAAACGUUGAUAUUGCACAAUACAAGGUGGUACCGCCCAACGACAUUCCAGUAUUCAUUGUCUCCUUCCGCACACAAGAGAUUCACCUCUUCAAGAAUUUGAAGGGAGAAGUUGUUGCCGGUCGCGAAGACCAUGUUCAGGCCGUCACUUACGUUGCCAUCUUUACCCGCCUCAAGGAUGAACUCAACAACCCAGUGACGCACGGCUGGCGCGUUAUGGACUUUGCGCGCGGUGCAGCACGGGACAUUAUCUAGCAUGAGCAUACUACAUAUAUAGCACCCGCAUCCUCCCUCAUUGGCAUAUUGGUCUUCUUCGACGAUCACAGUGAUCGCUGCGAUCCUUGAGCGAUGUGCGUUCCAUCUCGUGGAAGACGACGAGGCCAAGAGAAAGCGUCAUGGCCAAAGACUCCAGCAAAGCUCUAUCCAUGGCUUCCCUG